UGUAAAUAUAGUGUAAAUGUUUGUCAAUCACUAAGUGUGCGAUAAUCUAAUCAAUUCUAAACAUUUUGAACUAUUCAAGUGAUUUUCAAUACCACACAAAGACUUUAGUAACUAGUGACAAGUAUAGUAUACAGCACAAUUUCAUAUUUCUUUGUUUUGUCAUAUAUUUAUGCAUUGAACACACAUUAAAUUUCAAAGUUUGCCAAAAUGAAAUGCUUUUUAGCGUUUCUCGUAUACUCAGCGACACUAUUGUCAACCAUUAAUGCCGAAGAUAUACCCGUAUUUGGUGCCGACUAUUACGUUGAGGCCGUCCUAUCCCUGCCCUACGCCGAGAUAAAGGAGCCAAUCAUCGGCUACUUCGACGGCACUCACAACCGAAGUCGUAUCGACUAUUACGGCGACUUAGUUCAGACCAUUCAGCGGCCGGACCUCAAUGAGGGGGGCGUUAGCUUCAAGUUUGCUUAUAUGGUCGACCAGAAGGGCGACGCCCAGAGAGUAUGCUUUCAGGUGAACGGUAGCCAACAGGUGCCCGUCAGCUCCCAACCCCUGUUACCCGACUUAACCCCAUUCAAAAAGAUCGGAUCAGACGUGUGUUCAGACAUUUUUGGUCUCAUCAAAGAAAAUACAGUUUGCGAGCGCUGGGAGUAUUCGGUCACAUAUGGAGAUAAGAGCAAUAAAUACGUGUUUUGGCUCUCGAGGGACAGCCACUCGAAUCCCGUUCCCGUGCAGUACCUGAUGAAGGGCUACGACUCUCUCCUGGGCUCGCAUUACGACAAAUACGAAGUCUAUUACAAGAACUACAAGUCCGGUGCCAUCGACCCCCAGGUGUUUGAGUUGCCGGCGAACUACACGUGCCGCUCGUUCCCGGGGCCGGGCGUCGAGCAUAUCGGUCACCACAACCCUAUCCGGGAGUUCAUUAGCGGCGCCGACAGUCACGUGGACUCGGAGUUCGCGAAGUUUACGGACAAACACGACAAACGCUACGAUAACUCGACUCAUGAGAGAGGAAGGAAAGACGUUUUCAGACAAAACUUGAGAUUCAUUUCGUCGAAAAACAGAGAAAACAUUGGAUACAGGCUUUCGGUCAACCAUUUGGCGGAUCUGACGGACUUCGAGCGGAGGAGUUUGCGAGGGAAACGGUAUUCCGGUGUUGAAUAUAACGGGGGACUGGAGUUCGACAAAACUAAAUACUCGCUCAACGCUGUGCCCCAGCAGUGGGACUGGAGGUUGAGUGGAGCCGUCACUCCCGUCAAAGAUCAGGCCGUUUGUGGCUCGUGUUGGUCUUUCGGCACUACCGGUACCAUCGAAGGCGUAUAUUUUGUGAAAAGCGGACAUUUGGUGAAACUGUCUGAACAGCAGCUAAUCGACUGCAGUUGGAAUGAAGGGGAUAAUGGAUGCGAUGGCGGGGAGGACUUCCGGGCCUACGAGUACAUCCAGAAAGUGGACGGACUUCACACACAAUAG